AUGGUGAUGCUUGUGCGCGAGUUCGAAACAAAUGACGAAGAAAUGAAAAAGAUCGUCUUGAGAGUGGUCAAGCAGUGUGUAGCAACAGAAGGUGUAGAGGGUGAAUACAUCCGCACAGAUAUCAUUCCCCCGUUCUUCUCAAAGAUGUGGCUCGUUAGAAACGCCUUAGAUCGCCGUACAGCCAAAUUGCUGACAGAAACAGCAACUGAGUUGGCGUCAAAGGCUGGGGGGGCACAUGUGAUUAAGUUUAUUGUUGAUGAUCUGAAAGACCCCAGCGAGCCGUUUAGAAGAGUUACACUGGAAACGAUUGAGCAGAUAAUUGUGAACGGCGGUGUUGCAGACAUCGAUGGUAGACUGGAAGAGCAGUUGAUUGAUGGGCUGUUAUACGCGUUUCAAGAGCAAACCACUGAGGAAACUGUGGUGCUGUUAAACGGAUUUUCAACAAUUGUGAACGCCCUGGGCACCCGUGUAAAGCCCUAUCUGCCUCAGAUUUGUGGUGUUAUUCGAUGGAGGCUGAAUACUCCAUCAGCGAAACUGCGACAACAGGCAGCAGAUCUGGUGUCACGCAUUGCCACUGUUAUGUUCAAGAGCGGUGAGGAGCAGAUGUUGGGGCACUUGGGUUUGUUCUUGUACGAAUACUUAGGGGAGGAGUACCCAGAUGUGUUGGGAAGCAUUCUUUGCGCCCUAAAAGCCAUCGUGAAUGUUAUUGGAAUGAAUAAAAUGACGCCUCCUAUCAAGGACUUGCUGCCGCGUCUGACGCCGAUUCUCAAGAACAGACAUGAGAAAGUACAGGAGAACCUUAUUGACCUCAUUGGUCGUAUUGCAGAUCGUGGAGGCGACUUGGUUUCGCCGAAGGAAUGGGACAGAAUUUGUUUUGAUCUUUUAGAUUUACUGCGGGCGCAGAAAAAGAGUAUUCGAAGAGCCACUGUGAACACCUUCGGGUAUAUCGCCAGAACCAUCGGGCCUCAGGACGUGCUGGCCACUCUCCUCAACAAUUUGAAAAUGCAAGAACGCCAGCUGCGAGUGCACGGACUGAGCUGCGAAGAUGCGCUGACUCACUUGUUUAACUAUGUGUGGCCAAACAUAUUCGAAGUUUCGGCACAUAUGGUUCAAGCAUUUUUCGAUGCCGUUGACGGCAUGCGCGUCGCCAUCGGACCUGGCGUUGUAUUUCGAUACGUCAUCCUCGGUCUUUUCCACCCCGCGCGCAAGGUGCGCGAGGUGUACUGGAGAGUGUACAAUACUGUCUACAUCGGGCACCAGGACGCGAUGGUGGCGUUUUACCCCAAACUGCCGGACGAAGGAAAGCAUUCGUUUGCCCGGCACGAAUUAGAAAUGUUCAUCUGA